AUGUUUUUACCUUUUACACACAGGUUGAAAUUGAAUUUUGUAACUGAGCCCAUUGGUCAUGGCAUCCAUUUUGGUUUCAUAUUUUGGCCAUUUGAUUUAUUUCGUGGACCUGCGUGCCGUAGACUGACCAAUGGAUCAGCCUUUGACAUCUUUUUUGUGAGAAACACAAAAGGUUGUGAGAUGUAUGAGAAUGGGCAGAAGUCUUCAAUGCUCGUACCUCACAUACCCGUGGAGAAUAUAUCUACACUUCACAUUUCUGGAGAUGUCAUAAUGAACACUGUUGGUAUUGUUGCAAACUGGAGCAAAUCUACUUUUGGUAAGGAACUCAAGACUGGCAUCUCACGCACAAAGAGAUCUGACAUCCAGUGUGAUGUGCCACAUCCAGUCUGUAACCCUGACAAUCCAUAUUCAGGAUCAAUCCCUGGAGGCUUGAAACAUGGUGUGGCUUUGUUCUUCCAAGGGGUUGUUCCAGUAGAUUAUGAAUGCUUUGAAAUAACCUUGCAGACCGCGCCUAAGAACCCUCAUGACAUUGCUCUCCAGCUCAAACAAAAUAUGGACUCUGUGGUCCUUAACAGCUGCAAGAAUGGGACAUGGGGAAAUGAAGAGAAGGCCCGAAGAGGCCCAUUUGUUGGAGGAGCAGCUUUUGAUAUCAUCAUGGUUAUUAAACCAGAAUGCUAUAAGGUGAUGGUGAAUGGCCUGGAAUACUGCAAGUUUGAGCAUCGUAUACCGGUGGACAAAGUGACUACACUUAACAUUAGGGGAGACGUCUUCAUGAACACCUUUGGCUUUACUAAAGUGGAUGACAUUAAUCUGAAAGUCACCGUCACCAAUCCUGCCAAUAUCUGAGGAUUUGCAUCUUCCCCGAAACCACUGAUUAAUGUUUUUUUUUAUAUUCUGCUCAGGUAUAUCAGUUACAACAGUUUAUGGACAUGAUUUGUCCUUUUAUUAAUUUUUUUUCCUAUUGAGCAUUCUUAUGACAAAAUUAUAUUUUGUUGCUUAUUAUUGUUAGAACGAUAUAUAGAUAUAUUUUACUAUAUAUAUAUACUUUACUACUGUUCUAAUGUACCGUAAUUACUGUACAUGGUGCACGACUUUUGCAUUGAAUCUCUAUAUUAAGACAUUUUGAUGCAGAUAUUAGAGCAGUCUAUGGCUAAAUAUAGCUGAUAUAGAUGAUAUUAUUUUUUAAAUAAACCCAUUAAACAGUAACAGAGGUUUUAGAUAAAACAUAUUGUGAAAAAUUAACUUAUGGCACUGAAUGUAAUGCCAAAAAGGUUUCAGCACAUCCCUUUAUACUAACACCAAAUACAAGGUUGAAAUGGACACUGUUUCCUAUUUAAUUUUUCAGUUCCACCUAAAAUACUGAUGCAAAUACCCUAUUUCACCUGUAGAGAGCGCUCAUUGCUCAUUUCUAUAAACACGAUCCAUGUGCAGUAUUGUACAGCAGCAUUGAAACGACUAAUUUGACCUCUUACACAAUAGUAAUAUGGUGUGUUUUGUUUUUUGU